GCACGAUAAGAAGGUUGAUGAACGUUCUCUGGUUAGUCGGACUGGACGUGUAGCAGUAUCAUUUCCGCCACAAGAAGUAUGGGUGAAAGAGCUGUAUUAGAUGUUGAUCUCCAGUGGGAGCGAAAUAAUGAGGAUCACCACACUGAUGUGUUUCAUGAGGAUCGUCUGAUCGUGAGGCGUGGUCAGCCCUUCGUGAUCACCUUAAGCCGCAAGUUUGAAGGGAACCUCCUACAAACACUCAGCAAGGCCAAACUGACCGCUCAAACAGGACCACAUCCCAGUGUGUCAUCUGGAACCCAAGUCUCCAUGGAUUUGAAUGGAGAAAAGCAGGAUUCUGGAUGGAGCGCCUCAGUGUCUCUGAGUGGAAAAGCUGUCUCACUGACCAUCUGUCCAGCUCCCAAUGCUCUGAUCGGGAAAUACAUUCUAGUCCUGUCUGAAUCCUCAAAUCACAAGACUGCUUUGGGUAAAUUUGUGCUGCUGUUCAACCCCUGGUGUCCAGAUGACACUGUGUACAUGGAGGAGAAGGAACAGAGAGACGAGUACCUGCUGUCCCAAGAUGGGCUUAUCUUUUGUGGGAACUGUAACAACAUCAGCGCGAUGGCGUGGAAUUUUGGACAGUUUGAGUCAGGUAUCCUGAAGGCCUCCCUGGAGAUUCUGGAUCAAAGCCUUGAACACAGAAAUGACCCAGGAAAGGACUGUCGUCAGAGAAAUGACCCAAUCUAUGUGACCAGGGUGUUGAGUGCCAUGAUCAAUGCAAAUGAUGACAACGGAGUCCUUUGGGGGAGAUGGAAUGGAAAUUACUCUGGUGGAGUGGAACCCUCAAAGUGGACAGGCAGUGUGAAAAUUCUGCGGCAAUGGCAUGACAGCAAGUGUAAACCAGUGAAGUUUGGCCAGUGCUGGGUCUUUGCAGCUGUAGGCUGCACAGUUGCCAGAGCUUUUGGGAUUCCCUGUCGGGUGAUCACCAACUUCGAAUCAGCUCACGACUCCAAUGGCGACCUCAAGAUAGAAAGAGUGCUUACAGAGGAUGGUCCCCCAAUGAAGGACUCUGUGUGGAAUUUUCAUUGCUGGGUGGAAAGUUGGAUGAAACGCCCGGACCUCAAACCUGGAUAUGACGGCUGGCAAGUCAGUGACCCAACUCCUCAAGAACAAAGUGAAGGUGUGAUGCGUUGUGGUCCUGUCCCCGUAAAGGCCAUAAAGGAAGGAGACCUCACCUGUAAGUAUGACGCGGCGUUUGUGUACGCUGAGGUUAACGCUGAUGUUGUCACAAAGUAUCGGACGAGAAAUGGCAUCUUGGAGGAUGUGCUCAGCAAAGACCAAAUAGGCCAAAACAUCAGCACAAAGAGCAUCGGGAAGGACACAAGAGAGGACGUCACACAUCUGUACAAAUACAGAGAAGGUUCUAAAGAGGAGCGAGAGUCCUAUAUGAACGCUCAGGUCUGUCAGGAGUUCGAUCUGAGCAUUGAAGAUCCUGGAGACGUUCUGAAAGGCUCAGACUUUGUGUCGUAUAUCCGCGUUGCUAAUAAAAGCAGUGUUAAGAAGAUGAUUCAACUUCAGGUCAGCUCUGGAGGGGUGCUUCACAAUGGCCUUCUGGACAACAGCGCCCCUCAGUCCUACACAGGAGAACACUUUCUCAGUCGUGGCGAAGUGCUAAAGGUUCCAAUGGAGCAUCUGUACAUGAGGUAUUCCGCGCUGCUAGGCACUAGCAGCCAGCUGCUGGUCAGUGUGCUACUCACAGAUGAGUCAACCAUGGCCAGGAUGAUGGAGAAGCGCACCAUCACCCUGCAAGACCCCAAACUCAACAUACAGAUUGUUGGGCAGCCCAGAGUAGGAAAGGAGAGCUGCGUAAAGCUCUCAGUGAAGAACCCGCUGCCUGAGAAUUUGAGUGACUGCUGGUUUGGUGUGGAAGGAGCAAAUCUUACUAAUGGACAAAUGCUGACUCAAAGGAUUUCAUACGUCGGCUCUGGAAAAGAGGCCAAAACGAGGAUUUGCUUCACCCCCAUCCAAAGUGGCCCAUGCAAACUGAUGGUGACUUUCUACAGCAAGAAACUGGGAUAUGUCAAAGCAUACACAAACCUUAACGUCAGCAUGUAGAUGCGGAAAAACAGAAUAAAGUGGCGCAGUAAUUCUUAAUACUUAAAACAUUUGCACUGUGUAGGCCUGUUUUUAUGAUGAUUAGAAAACCAUCUGAUCGCACUUCUUUUCCAUAGUUGUUACUUUUUUUUGCAUGUUUACUUGAAAUAAACGUAACGUUACCUGGGUACAUAUUCGUCUGUUGGGUUGAUGCAGACGCCUGUAAUGAAAAGAGUUCACAGUUCAGCAACGACUGACUGAGCAGCGAAAAUUCACAGAAGUAAUGUUGCACCACCAUGUGGUAAAAUCGCAUUUGGUGUGUAAGUAAAGGCCUUGAUGGUGGUGAUCGAUUUUGAAAUGCUACAAUCAAUUCUAAGGGACUAUAAAGACCUUCAAAAGAAGUGUGCACUCCUCUUAUGGCCAACUUUGAAAAAAUGCAGCUGUUUUCAACCUUCAAAAAAUGGACUCUUUCUAUUCUUGCAUAUAUUCCAGUACUGUGGGAACAGCUUCUACUGUCAGACAUCAGUUUCCAAAAGUAAUUUGCGGAUUAAAUGAAUUGUGAAAUUUCCAGAUGCACUGAAAUUGGCUCUUUAAAGUGUUAUAA